CUUGUUUCUCCACAAAGUGUCUGUUGGCUUUGAGACAAAAGAAAAAGAACAGUUUAUUGCACACUUCACCAACUAGAGAGUCAGUACUGAUCGGCUGAGAAACACACACACACGCACACGCACACACACAGAGGGGUUGGGAGGAGAUGUUCAAGUAGUUUGUUCAGCUUGAAACAGCAUUUAAAAACACACACACACACGUGCACACCCACACAAAGAGCCAAAAGGAAGAGAAAGUUACUUUUUGUCUGGGUCCUAAUUCCAAAGUUCACACUGGUCACUGGUUAUUUUAGGAGCUGUUAAGUACUGUCUAGUCUAUUUUGACUCAUAGUAAGCCCAUGUGACAAGAGUAGACCUGCCCCAUAGGGUUUUCCAGGCUGUAAUCUUUAUAGGACCAGAUGGCCAGGUCUUUCUCCCACAGAACGGCUAGGUGGGUUCUAACCUCCAACCUUUGGGUUAACCAAGCACUUAACCGUGGUGCCACCAGGGCUCCUUAUUUUAGGAACUACUUUCCAUCUUUUUGAAGCGCUGUCUUCAUCAGAGAUGGGUCAAGGUGAUGACUGAAAUGAGCAAUUUGGUUCCAAGUAAGGUUUUCUCAUCUAGAAGGCUGGAGGAAAGAGUGAGGCUGAAUCCAAGGCAGUAUAUGGUUGGCCAUGGUCGGCAGGUGGCCGUGGUCGGCAGGUGGCCGUGGUCGGCAGGUGGCCGUGGUCGGCAGGUGGCCAUGGUCGGUCGGCAGUCCACAUGCUGGCUAGCUUAUUUUACUUGUGAUUUCUAUGCACUCAACAGAUUCCCACUCUGAUGUUCCAAAAAAAAAACCAGUGCCGUUGAGUCGAUUCCGACUCAUAGUGACCCGAGGACAGCCAUUAGCUAGAGCUAGGCCAAAUCUAAGGAGCCGUGGUGGUGCAGUGGUUAAGUGGUCAGCUGCUAAUCAAAAGGUGGGUGGUUCGAACCCCCCAGCUGCUCUGCAGGAGAAAGAUGUGGCAGUCUGCUUCCAUAAAGAUUACAGCCUUGGAAACCCUAUGGGGCAGUUCUACUCUGUCCUACGGAGUCGUUAGGAGUCAGAAUCGACUCGACAGCAGUAGGUUUUUGGGUAGGCCACCUCUUUGCACAGCCCAAGGUGAUGACUUUGGCACCUCACCAGCUAUUUCAGACCUUCCUGUACGCAUAGUAGGAAGACAGGUCCAUCCUCUGAGAGUCCCUCACCGCACCCCCCCCCCACCCAAGUCCUCCUCACCUUGAUGAAAUCCUGGUGUAAAUGGACCUUGCCUGCAAAUAGAACUGACAGAACUUGCUACAUCAUUAUCAGGUCGUGCGAAGCUCAUUGGCAGAGAAGUUAAGACUCAUUUUAGACCCAGAGACUAAACGCUGCAGAUCCAGCUAGAACAGGUCUCUUCUGGCUCAGCCUCAGCAGCCGGCCCUACCCUGCAGUUGCUGGGGCUUCAGAGGAUGGAAGGUCAGAGGGAGUUUGCUGCCUAUUUAUUGCAGGCCUAACAGGACAACCUCACUGCUAUUCAGCUGGGAAAACUAAGAUGCUGACAACCCAGAGAUCACUUUACCACCCAGCUAGCUCUCGAAUUGUAGCGCAUCAGGCGGGAGCUCGGUCACAAAAGACCCCAUCUGUUCAUCAACCUCCUUUACUUACCCCUCUUCUGCCCAGGUUCAGGGUUUAAAAGCAGUGCUUAUACCCCUUUUUAAGUAGACCAAGUACAUUCAAAAGGAUGUCUCAGACUAGGUAAGUAGAUUUCAGCUAAGAUGCUACCUCUGCAAACAGGGGAGGUUUAAACUUCUGGGAUAAAACCCCUAAUGCAGUGUAUGAUGGUGUAGAUUUGAUGCAGGAAGACAGAGUAAACAAAAUACUUGAAAAAAGAGAGGCUAUUUUUGUGGUUAGCAUCCACCAAGCAACCAGAAAGGACAUCUUUUCAGAACUCAAAAAUCUAGACACAUGAUCUGGCAAAGCUUUUUUUUCCUGACUUAAUUUAAAAAAUUCACAUCUGGUCAUGAUUUUAAAGAAUCAUUUUAAGUAAAAUUUUGUAAAUAAGUAUGAAAUUUGCCAUAGACCUAAUGUGACAACAUAAUACAACAUGAAUUUUAGAUAUUUCAAUUCAGGAGCGCCAGAGAAAAUUCACACGUUCCUCACACUUUAACCAACCAGUUGCCAUAGUUGAUUCUGACUUCUGGUGACCCCAUGUGUGUCAAGUAGAACUGUGCUCCAUAGUGUUUCCGUGGCUGUGACCUUUUGGAAACAGGUCGCCAGCCUCUCUUCCGAGGCACCUCUGGGUGGGUUUGAACCACCAACCUUUCUGUUAGUAGCCCAGUUCUUAAUCGUUUUCACCUCACAGGGACUCGCUGACACUUUAGGGCCAAGUUAUAGAUGGAUAAGCACCCCGUGUGGGAAAUCUGGGUGCAGAAUACAGUGAGACUUGAGGUUUUUUAAGUCUUCACGUUUGGGGGCUAUGGCUGCCUUGAUUUCACAAUAAUCUAUUGUAAUUAUCCCUGCGACUUCCCCAACUUGUCUCUUGUCUGCUGUCUUGCUAAACAGCUUUUCUAGUGCUUUAAUAUCACCAUCAUGAUUAUUGACUUGGGGACUGGGGUCAAAUUAGCCUCUUUUCGGUUGCCUUGGUGUAGACUCAAGCACAGAACAGAAACAGAGUGUGGUCGGGGAGCCUGGUUCGGUUCUGGGGCUGUUCCACGGCCUCUGUUUCAGGAGAAAUACCUCCGCGGCUCCAACUGAGCAGCAGCGAUGAGGUGGGAAGCCAGUCGCCUCUGUCCCAGUGUUCCCUGUUACUGGCCCUGGCUCCUGAUGGCACACAUUGAAAUGCGAAUGGCAGCAGUAAUUGGCUGAGAGAUAAACCACGACGAGUGAGUGAGCAGUGCGGCGGGGAGUUAAGUGGCAAAGUGACAAUUACUGCUCUGCAGCCUCCGGAUCAGGAGCGGCCAGGCCGUUUGUUCUCGGUUUUGGAGGAGCAGUAACACACAUUAAUUGGAGGAGGGCUUCUCGGUUAACAUGCCUCCCUCUGUUUCUCCUAUGAUUCUGCUUUGUGGAGUGGGGGUGGGUGGCCUGGCACAGGAUUGGUUUGUUGACUGCUUCCCCGCACACCCUCGAUGGGUUCGAAUUUUGGAAAUUUGUAUCCUUAAUUCUGGUAGACUGAUAAUUGUUUUAGUUUGAAGAUUUUUUAGAAGCCUGUUUCAUUAACUCUGCAUAAGAAGGUUCUCAUGUCUACAUCAAGCGCUGGUGGCACAGUGGGUAAGAGCUCGGCUACUAUCCGAAAGGUUGGCAGUUUGAAUCCACCAGCCGCUCCUUGGAAACCCUGUGGUGCAGUUCUGCUCUGUCCUAAUAGGAUUGCUAUAAGUCGGAAUCGACUUCAUGGCAGUGGGUUUUGGGGUUUAGUGUCUACAUGUGGGAAAAGUAGGCCUUAAACUCAGUCUAGGAGUUCCUGGGUGGUGCAGAUGGUUAAGUGUUUGACUAUUAAGUGAAAGGCUGGCUGUUCAAACCCACCCAGAGGUACCUUGGAAGAGAGGCCUGGCAAUGUCCUUCCAAAAGUCACAGCCUUGAAAAGCCUGUGGAGCUGUUCUCCCUGGUGUCGCCAUGGGUCGGAGUUGACUCAGAGCAACUAACAACAGACUCAGCCUAAGUAGCCAUCUUUCUCCCUUGGCAGUCCUUUAACCCUGGUUUGUUUGUUCUUUUUUUUUUUUAAGCUUUUAUUUAAAAAAAUAUAUGUUUAGCCAGGUUCUCAGGAUGUAACAGUGAACAACAGAGGUGACACCCCACUUGCCCUCUUUGGAGCUGAUGGCCUGGUUUGAAGACACAUAAGAAAUAAAUAAAAUUAUGGUCUACGGUUUUACUUGCUUGGAGUGGUGGUCCUUAAUAAAGAGAAGCUUGGGGUCCUGCAUAAGGGGAGGAACCUUGCAACCUAGCAUAGGCUGGGCUAGGCCUGCCCUGCUUUCUUUGAAGAGCCAUUCGAACCCUGUUCUGGUCAUAAACAGCCAUUAAGAUGAUCAGCUUGGGCUUGAGAUAAGCAGACUAAACAAACCCAUGAACUAGUUGAGAGCUCUUUAUCUAACGUAAUCUGCCUUUCUACUACAUUCUAGCAAAGUUAUCAGGGUCUAAAUGCCUUACAAGUACUGUCUAAUGGGCUCAUUGUUUUGUUUGCUCAGUUUUGUUCAGCCUAGCAGCUUAGUCAUUUUUUUUUUUUUUUUUUUACUAACCAUUCCCUAUGGUUUAAAUUGUUCUAACCAGCUUCUUACUCCUUAUACAAAGAACUGGUCGUUUCAGGAACAGGCACUUGUCUGCUGACGUGUUUCUAACCAGAAGCCUAAACCUAUAUAAAACAGUAAAAGAAUUAAAGGAAAAGACAGUUAGAAGCUCGGCUCUUCUUUUAUGUAGUCUUGGAAGACCUUAGCAAAAGCUGGCCUCUCACGUAACACCAGGUUCCCUGUAGGUGAUGAGGUUGGAUUAGAAAAAUGUAACUGUGCCUGGUUGUGAGGAGUAGUCUUUGUAGGACUUUUUGCUUUGCAGGCUUGUUCAUGAAAUCACCAGGCAGAGAAGGAGAUGCUGGCUUGUGCUAGCUAGAAAAAGCCUUCAGUCCAAUUUCUGAAGAAAGCCUAAAUAAGAUUUUUUUCCCCCCUAGAUACGAAUUUGUGGAACCACAUAGUAGUAGCUACAGAUUCUCCAGGAAAAUGAGUAAAUUGUUCUUUAAAUAAAGCUCUUCUAGACAGGAUCUUAUCUUUAUGGUAAAGACUCAGACUGUCUAGGUUUGAAUUCUGACUCUGCUGCCUGUUAGCCAUUUGACCUUGAGAAAUUUGUUUGAUCUCAGUCAAAUGGGGGAUAACAACAGAAGCCUUUCAGGAUUGUUGUGAAAACUAAGUGAGUUACCAUAACACUUAGAAAGGAUGUGUGUGAGAACUUAAAACAAGGUCUGGAACAUAAAGCCAAAAAACCAAACACGUUGUGGUCAAGUCAGUUCCAAACUGGUCAAGUCAAUUCCAAACUCGCAGAGACAGGGGACAGAGUAGAACUGCCCCAUACAUAGGGUUUCCAAGGCGUGGCUGGUGGAUUUGAACUGCUGGCCUUUUGGUUAGCAGCCGAGCUCUUAACCACUGUGCCACUGGGGCUCCAGUAGAUACAGUAAGCACUAAUUAAAUGUUAGCUGUUGUUGUUGCUAUGUUAUUAUUAUUCAGUCUCUGUACCUUAUAUUUUUAGUAUGAAUCACAAAAGUAAUAACAACAUUCUAACGUUCCCUGAAAGCCAUGAAGAGCCUGGGCAGCCCAACACUCAUGUCCCACUUGGGUUUAUUUCACUUUUUUGUUGUUAGAUGUGCCAUGCUGGAAGGUAGAGCUACACAGAAAGGAUUCUGUAGAAUGUCUGCCUAAAGAUUUAAAACAACGAUAACACCACAAAAACAGGCAGCUAAUUAUUUGGAUACAAACCUGGUUCAUCAGUCUUGGAACAAAACCAUGAUAGCAAAUACAGAUCAGUAUUAAUUUUGGGGGAAAACCAGUCAAAAAUUGCUUUAGAUUUGGACAAAUCCAUUUUCUAAUGCCUUAAAUAAUUUCAAGGCUUUGAAAAAAGCACAUGGAAAAGAAAAGAACUUCUUUUACACACAGUAAAAUUUAUACAUUUUAGUGUAUAUUUAAAACAAACGAACAAACAAACAAACCUAUUGGCCCUCGUAUGGAUUCAGACUCAUUGCAGCCCUUUAGGACAGAGUAGAACUGCCCCAAGGAGAGCCUGGUAGAUUUGAACCACCAACCUUUUGGUUAGCAGCCAUAGCUCUUAACCACUAUGCCACUAGGGUUUCUUUUUUAGUGUAUAGUUGUAUGAAUUGUGGCAAAUGCAUAGAUCCAUGUAACCACCACAGUUUCAUCACUCUUCUCCCAAAAGAAAAUUUCCUCUUACUACCCUUCGUAGGAGCUCUGGUGCCUUUUUUUUUUUUUUAACCCUUUGUAGGAGCCCUGGUGGUGCAGUAGUUAAGCACUCAGCUGCAAACCAAAAGGUUGGCAGUUCGAAUCCACCCAGCGGCUCCUGGCAAUCUGCUUUGGUGAAGAUUACAGCCUAGAAAACCCUAUAGGGCAGUUCUACUCUGUCCUAUAGGGUCGCUGUGAGUUGAAUAGUGACUGGACUGAAUAGUACCUCACAACAACAAUGACAACAACCCCUUUGUAGUCAAGCGCUUCCCCUACCUUUAAACUCUGGCAACCACAAUCUGCCCUGUCUCUAGUUUUGCCUUUUCCGGAAUGUCACGUGAGAGUAUAAUCAUAGAGUAUGUAGCCGUUUGAGUCUGGCUUCUUUCACUUAGUAUAAUACAUUUGAGAUUCAUUGAUGCUGUUUCAUGUAUCAGUAAGAGGUUUAUUUUUAAUUCUCGUAAAUCAUUGUAUCUAGAGCUGGAUAGAAUCUUAAAGAUCAGAGCCAAACACUCUCAUUUCCCAGGUGAAGAAACAGAGACCCCAAGGGUGAAAUGAGUUGCCCAAGGUCAUGAAGCUAAUUAAAGAAAGAGCAUGAACCUGGAAUUCCCUGCAAUUAGCCCAGGCAGCAUCUGUUAAAUCAUGCUGUGAUUAAGAAGAAUGUGUAGCUGGUUUUCAAAGGGGAAUUCCAUUUAUUAUUAUUAUUAUUAUUGGCCAAAGUCUGAUCAAGUAAAAUGAGCCUUAUGAUAAAAAUCUUGGAAGGAGUAGAUUUAUAAGAGAUGCGAUUUCUUUCAGAAGUAUACAGAUUUGUCUGUUGGCAACGUAUUUCUUUCUGAGGGACAUCUGUUUCUUUGAUGCUAUCAGUCAUAGGUGUGAUUUGAUAAUAGAGCUUUGUGUUUACAAUAAUUUCCUUUUGACAACUAAUUUAUGGGAGUAUGCUGAAUAUUAUUAUCCCUUGUUUUCGUUGAUGUUUUAUAUACCGAUAGGUUUUUAGGUGGCUUUUGCAUAGUGGUUAAGUGCUACAGCUGCUAACCAAAGGGUCGACAGUUCAAAUCCGUGAGGCGCUCCUUGGAAGCUCUAUGGGGCAGUUCUACUCUGUCCUAGAGGGUUGCUAUGAGUCGGAAUCAACUUGACGGCAGUGGGUUUGGUUUCUUCCCAAAAAUUGGAGCCCUGGUAGUGCAAUGGUUAAAGCGCUAGGCAGCUAACCAAAACGUCGGCUGUUGGAACCCACCAGCCACUUCCCAGGAGACAGAGGUGGCAGUUUGCUCCCGUAAAGAUCUACAGCCUUGGAAACUCCAUGGGGGCUCUGUCUCAGAGGGUCACUGUGAGUUGGAAUUGCCUCGAUGGCAGUGGGUUUGGUUUUUGGGUUUUCCAGAGUACACAGCCAGUGGAUUCAGCUUGGACUUAAGAGCUGUGGAUUCUUCAGUUUGUUUUGUUAAGUAAUUAUUUGUGGGAAGUCCACCAGGAAGAAAGCACUGAACUUUGUGAGACAUAAUUAAGAAAGCAUAAGGCACUACUUUUAAAAAGCUUAAAUUUGAAUAGGUACUAUGAAAUAUGUACAGGAAUAUCUGGUUCAAAUUAGUUUUUUUUAGUACACUUAGAAUCUUGCUAAGCACUGUGAAGUCAUAAAGGUGUGUGUGUGUGUGUGUGUUUUUUUUAAUUAACUUUUAUUAAUCUUCAAGUGAACGUUUACAAAUCCAAUCAGUCUGUCACAUAUAAGUUUACGUACAUCUCACUCCCUACUCCCACUUGGUCUCCCCUUCUUGAGUCAGCCCUUUCAGUCUCUCCUUUCGUGACAAUUUUGCCAGCUUCCCUCUCUCUCUAUCCUCCCAUCCCCCCUCCAGACAAGAGUUGCCAACACAAUCUCAAGUGUCCACCUGAUAUAAUUAGCUCACUCUUCAUCAGUGUCUCUCUCCCACCCGCUGACCAGUCCCUUUCAUGUCUGAUGAGUUGUCUUCGGGGAUGGUUCCUGUCCUGUGCCAACAGAAGGUCUGGGGAGCAUGGCCGCCGGGAUUCCUCUAGUCUCGGUCAGACCAUUAAGUUUGGUCUUUUUAUGAGAAUUUGGGAUCUGCAUCCCACUGAUCUCCUGCUCCCUCAGGGGUCCUCUGCUGUGCUCCCUGUCAGGGCAGUCAUCGAUUGUGGCCAGGCACCACCUAGUUCUUCUGGUCUCAGGAUGAUGUAGGUCUCUGGUUCAUGUGGCCCUUUCUGUCUCUUGGGCUCUUAGUUAUCGUAUGACCUUGGUGUUCUUCAUUUUCCUUUGCUCCAGGUGGGUUGAGACCAAUUGAUGCAUCUUAGAUGGCCGCUUGUUAGCAUUUAAGACCCCAGACGCCACAUUUCAAAGUGGGAUGCAGAAUGUUUUCAUAAUAGAAUUAUUUUGCCAAUUGACGUAGAAGUCCCCUCAAACCAUGUUCCCCAGACCCCCGCCCCUGCUCCGCUGACCUUUGAAGCAUUCAUUUUAUCCCGGAAACUUCUUUGCUUUUGGUCCAGUCCAGUUGAGCUGACCUUCCGUGUGUGUGUGUUUUAAUAAGUAUUUUUGAUUGUUACUCACUUCAAAAAGGUAUUUAUAGCUCUUUCUUUGAGUACAGAAUUCGUUUUUUGGUUGUAUUGUUUGUUAUGAUUACACAACCGUUCUUGACCUGUUCUCCCACCUGUGACAUGAUUCAGUACUUAAAAAGAGACAGCAUGAGGAGUGAAGGACACAGACUGUUUACACAGGAUCAAAUACAGACCAUAAAUUGCCACUCUGAAAAGCACAUACCCUGGUUAGCAGCUAAAGGAACACACAUGAAGACAACUUUAAGGUGAAGUCGGGUGCCUAAAAGACAAAAAAAAAAAAAAAGGCAAAUGAACGUUUUACACCUGAAUCAUCAAAAUGUGGCAAAACAUCUUCACUUAUAAACGUUGCUGAUGUCUCUGUGAAUGGGUACUUUAUAUCCAGAGGACAGUCUUGCAAUAAUUGAAAAGAGCUAAAACCUUUUCAUAGCCGUGAAACCAUGAAAAAAUCUAAAUAAAUGUAGAGAAUAAUGUUUUUUGUAGCAGCAUCAUUUACAACAGUGAAAAAGUAAAACCAGUAUAAAUCACCAAAUAACAGAAUGAUAAGGCAGACGUUGCUUAAAUAGGACGUUUUAUUGGAUCAGAAUGGGCUACCAUGACAGAGAUAAGUAACAUUCAGUGGCAGGAUGUACCAGACAGCAUGGAUGCUCUGAUUUGUGAGAGAAGAUGAGUCACUAAAAUAGCUUAAACCAGCUGCUGUUGAAUCAACCCUGACUCAUGACCCCAUGGAUGUCAGAGUAGAACUGUGCUCUACAGGGCUCUCAAUGACUGAUUUUCCAGAUGGAGUUUGCCAAGCCUUUCUUCCAAGGUGCCUCUGGGUGGUUUCUAACUUCCAACCUUUCAUUUAGCAGCUGAAUGCGUCAACCAUUUGCACCACUCAAGGGCUCCUAAAAUAGCUUAGAGUCAUGCAAAAAAAAUGAUAGGUGUAGUGUGAGGCAGGGAUGUGUAGCAGCGUAUGUCUUGUUUUUUUUUCCUAAACGAGUCAAAUGAGGGCGUACUGAAACACAAGAAGACCAUUUCUCAUGAAAUAGUUUACUGUUUAUUAGUCUCUCUCUCUCCCCUCUUUCUUCCUCCUUCCCUUCUUCCCUCUCUUGUAAAGUGAGUCAAGCUCCAUAUGUGUUUACUAUAUAUUUUCAGGGCAGAGCAGUAUGAUACAGUAACCAUAUUUAAGAGAAUCUGAAAACUGGUACUUUAGUUCUCAUCCUGCCAUACCUUUAAGAUCCUGAGCCAAUCACAUCCUUAAUGAUAUUUUAAACAUCUUUUUUCAUAAAGAAUGGUUGAAAUUUUCUGGUCCUCUCUGUUCUUACAUUCAUGCUGAAAAGAUCAUUGAAAUAAAACAUGUAAAAGCACUUUAAGCAUUUUGACAGCUAGACAGUUGUUUUUCCAACUCUCAUGCAAGUCAAAGGAAAAUAAAAGAAAUGGAGGCCAGAGCUGAAUUGAUAAAAAGUUUGAGUCUGAAAACGUGUGCUUACCAAAGUGGAAUUAAUGGAGGAAAAGUAAGUAAAACUUGGUAGCUCAAGGGUUAAGAUCUGGGCUGCUAACGGAAGGAUUGGUGGUUUAAAUCCACCCAGUAGCUCCACGGGUGAAAGACCUGGCGAUCUGUUUCCGUAAAGAUUACAGCCAAGAAAACUUGUGGGGGCAGUUUUACUCUGUCAUGUGGGGUUGCUAUGAGUCGAAGUCUAUUUGACAGCACCUGAUAACAAAAGCUCUAUCCUAGCCCUAAUCUGAACCCUUACUGAAACCCUAACUCUAACUCUCUUAGUUGUUUUUAGGUGCCCUUGAGUCAUUUCUGACUCACAGAGACCCUACGUACGACAGAAAGAAACACUGCCUGGUCCUGCGCCAUCCUCAUGAUGGUUGUUAUGCUUGAGCCCAUUGUUGUAGCCACUGUCUCAGUCCAUCUCAUUGACAAUCUCCUUCUUUUUCGCUGACCUUCUACUUUACCAAGCAUGAUGUUUUUCUCCAGGCAUGGUCCCUCCUGAUAACAUGUCUAAAGUAUGUGAGACAAAGUCUUGCCAGCCUUGCUUCUAAGGAGCAUUCUGGCUGUACUUCUUCCAAGACAGAUUUGUUCGUUCUUUUGGCCGUCCAUGGUGUAUUCGGUAUUCUUUGCCAACACCAUAACUCAAAGCAUCAAUUCUUCUUCGAUCUUCCUUAUUCAUUGUCCAGCUUUGGCAUGCGUAUGAGGCAAUUGAAAAUACCACAUCUUUAGGUAAGGCGCACCUUAGUCUUCAAGGUGACAUCUUUGCUUUUUAACACUUUAAAGAAAUCUUUUGCAUCAGAUUUGCCCAGUGUAAUGCAUCUUUUGAUUUCUUGACUGCUGGUUCCAUGUUCAUUGAUUGUAGAUCUAAGUGAAAUGAAAUCCCUGACAACUUCAAUCUUGUCUCCGUUUAUCGUGGUGUCGCUUAUUGGUCCAGUUGUGAGGAUUUUGUUUCUUCAUAUUGAGGUGUAAUCCAUGCUGAAGGCUGUGGUCUUUGAUCUUCAUCAGUAAGUGCUUCAAGUCCUCUUCACUUUCAGCAAGCAAGGUUGUGUUAUCUGUCAUGUGCGUAACGCAGAUUGUCAGUCCUAAUGUCAUGUUCUUCUUCAUAUAGUCCAGUUUCUCUGAUUAUUUGCUCAGCGUACAGAUAGAAUAAGUAUGGUGAAAGGAUACAACCCUGACGCACACAUUUCCUGACUUUAAACCACGUAGUAUCUCCUUGUUCUGUUCAAAUGGCCGCCUCUUGAUCUAUGUACAGGUUCCUCAUGAGUACAAUUAAGUGUUUUAUCCUGGCCAUCAUCUAACUCUUACCCUAACACUAACCUUAACCCUAUCCUGGUCCUAACAUUAACUCUAAACCUAGUCCUACCCCUAAACUUAAAAUAAAAAAAAAAAAAAAAAGGAAGAAAAGUUGCCGUGGGCCCUGAGGGGCAAGAGCCGUAGAUGGUCACGCUGGUGAGGUGGAGCAAGUGCAGGAAUGGUGGAGGUGGCUACAGGGUACAAGCUCUCUGUGUAGCCAUUCUCAGCUCUGAGCAACUUUGGACACGUUAAUGAACCCUUGAAUGUUUUACUCAUGUGUAGAGAGAGGUUCUGAAACUGGAAGAUAUGCGUGAUGGAGGAUCUUUAAGAGCCAUCCUGAGACUCUGAGAAGAGUUGUACUGAAUCCAAGAAAAGAAAGCAUCAGGGUGAAAUGGAAAGCUCACCUGAGUUUAGUUAGCUCUAAAAUUUCCUUUAGUAGAAUAAAUUUAGACCAGUGAUAGUUAAAAAGAAAGCAUACAUUCUGACUGGCAAAAAUGAUAGAGGACUAAGAAGCAAUCUGUGUAGGAUGAAUGACCAAAGACAUAAAGAAAUAAAAAAUGAUGGUUUUCAGCUGCAAUCCCAGGAAAAUGUGACUCUAAUGAAGGCAGCAGCUAUAUCUAAAAGGGAGCAGGGGGGACCUGGCGGCGCCGUGGUUUAAGCACUUGGCUGCUAACUCAAGAGGUUAGCAGUUCAAACUCACCAGCUGCUAGAUAAAAGGACCAGGAGAACAGAGGAUCAUUUAGAUUCAUGGUUCCUACAGUGCAAUGUGUUACUGCCAAAAGGGCCCUAAAUAUUUAGGAGGGCCUGUCUGACCUCCUGAUAUUAGGCACACCCUUGCAAGUAAUAGGUUUGGAAUCUCUCAAGUCUCCACUUGAGGCAAGGGGUUAAGUUCAUGAACUGCAGUGUGUAGUUGUACCUCCUUUUUGUUCACAACUCCCCAUUCUCAGCUUCAGGGGACAUCUAAGUCAACUGGCAAAAUAAAUUCUAUUAAGAAAACAUUCUGCAUCCCAGUUGGAAGUGUGGCAUCUAGGGUCUUAAAUGCUAACAAGUGGCCAUCUAAGAGGCAUCAGUUGGUCUCAACCCACCUGGAUCAAAGGAGAAUGAAGAACACCAAGGACACAAGGCGAUAAUGAGCCCAAGAGACAGAAAGGGCCACAUGAACUAGAGACUACAUCAAUCAUCCUGAGACCAGAAGAACUAGAUGGUGCCCAGCCACAACUGACAACUGCCCUGACGGAACACAACAGAGAACCCCUGAGGGAACAGGAGAACAGUGGGAUGCAGACCCCAAAUUCUCAUAGAAAGACCAGACUUAAUGGUCUGAGACUAGAAGGACCCUGGUGGUCAUGGUCCCCAAACCUUCUCUUGGCCCAGGACAGGAACCAUUCCCGAAGUCAACUCAUAGGACGUAGAUUGGACUGGACAAUGGGUUGGAGAGAGAUGCUGAUGAGGAGUGAGCUACUUGCAUUAGGUGGACACUUGAGACUAUGUUGGCAUCUCCUGACUGGAGGGGAGAUGGGAGGGUAGAGGGGGUUAGAAACUGGCAAAAUGGUCACGAAAGGAGAGACUGGAAGGAGGCAGCGGGCUGACUCAUUGUGGGGGGGAGUAAGUGGGAGUAUGCAGUAAGGUGUAUAUAAGUUUAUAUGUGACAGACUGAAUUGAUUUGUAAACUUUCAUUUAAAGCACACACACACACACACACAAAAAAAAAAAAAACUCCCCAAACUCACCAGCUGCUACUUUGCAAACCCUAUAGGACAGCUCUGCUCGGUCCCAUAGGGUUGCCAUUAGUCAGAAUCGGCUUGACGGCAACGGGUUUAUAUCUAAAAGGUAGGAUUUCAGGUGUUUCUAAACAGCAUGGGUGGCUUAUAUUUCAAAACUGUAUUACUGUACAUUAAAAUUGCAAGGUACCUGUGGGUUAGGUGUGCCCUUGUGUCAGGCAAGAAGAGAGAUGGAAAGUAUUUUUUCAGAAUUCUCAGUUUCACUCCAGUUUCCUCCUUGGGCCAAGUGGCUCUAGAAACCUGACCUUUCUAAGUAGCUUCUGUGAGGGCAGAGAGAGCAGGAGCUAGUGAUACGUGGGAGGGGCCCGUGCAGUGACCUCUCUCCUGUUUUAGUUUUCUUGAGGGCGUCAAACGGGGGCCAAGUAGAGAACCUUUUCAGCUUAUGAGUGAGGAGUGAUUGCACACGUGCACAGGUAACCAGGGGCAGGGGAUGAAGUAAUUGUCUCCACCAGCUUUAUAAAGCAGCUCUUGGGCCUGGGCUCUGACCCCUGUGAGACUGAUCCAAACUCAGGGUGUCCUUUGAAGCCACUGGCUGCUCCACUCGGACCAGCCCUGUGAUGGCAAAGGAAGAUGCAGAGUAACUGCUCCCAGGUGUUUAACUGCCCGUUACCUGUUUGUUAAGAGCUUGUGAAGGCAUAAGCCAAGAAAACACAAAAACAGGUUAGACCACAGUGGUUCAUACCUUUUUGUUUUGCCACGCUGUGGCUGGUCUGUAAACAAAUUCUUUUUUUGCCAGCCAGGGCAACGCCGUUCACAGCCUGCUUACAGCUUCAUUGUGGUCUGGGGGCAGACACUGAGAUGCAAAAAGUGUUAGAGGGAACAUCCUUGUUGUUGUGUUGUGGCAACUCCAGUUAUUCUUUAAUUUUACCUCUCUUAGUUUUACCAGAAGAUUUCUCUAAGUCUUCCUGUUUUAACUAAGUCUUCCCACUCAUAGCGACCAUAUAGGACAGAGUCCAACAUUAAACGGGAGCCGCAACAGUGUCAACAACAGUAGCAAUAACCAAACAUCAAAUCACACAAUAUCCAUUUCUUUGGGAGCUUUCAGAAGUUUGUAUUACUGUAGUGUGGCUACUUGUAGGGACGAGAACCUUAGACCUUUGUUUUUUUUCCAUCUUAUGAUAGAACACAACGUUUUUAAGCCAUUUUUUAGUCCUCAAAGUAGAUUAAAAGAGUCUCUACAGAAAAAUAAGUCUUGCUUACGGAGUUCAAAAAUAGUUGCUAAAACUUCUUCCUUUUUUUGAUGAGUCCUUUUCAUUUUGGAGGUCAGGAAAUAAAUUUUGUCAUUAGUAACUUGAGUUGAAAAGUGAAAUAUUUGGAAUAAACCGAUGGGAAAGGAGGUGAUGAGGGAAAUCUGAGACAUAAAUACUCAAUUCGUAAAUACUUUGAUGCAGAAAGUUGAAGACCUUAGGAAGAAAUAAUGUAGAAGUGGCUGAUCAACUAGUAAAAAUAUAUGAUGAAGUAAACAACAUUGUGAUGGUCUUUAAGGAGUCUGAUCUAUGGAACAAUGGAGUGCCAGCAUUAUAUCCUUUCUUUGUUUUUGGAACACUGCAUGCGUGUUACAUUACUUAUACGGCAGCAAACCAUAAAAAAUAGUUGAGAAAAAUUUCAUACGCAAAUAAAACAUUUAAAGGAUUGUAACAAGACAAAUAAUCACAGCUUUAAAGCGUAUGUGCCACUAAAGGGUAAAUAUCUGGAUCGUCACUGACCAUUUGCUUGCCCAAUAAUUUAAAUUUUCAGUAAGAUUUUGAUAAAAUUUCUCUCAAAUGGAUUUUAUAGGUAGGUUUUUUUUUUAAGCAGGAAUCGACUCUAUGGCAAUGGGUUUGUUUUUUGUUUCUCAUUCAUUCAAUAAGUAUUUAUUGAAUGCGGAGUGCGGAGUGGUGGUGCCAAUCAUAGAUUUUAAAACUUCUAGGAAUAACCAAUAACCAGAGGUAGGGAGAUGGGCUUGGCCGUUCUCUACCAGCAGCAAGGUUAAUAGUAAGUGGCACCUGGUACCGGCCCUGGAGCAGGGUUUUGGCUUUGUUUUGUUUUAAUCUAGGGUGUGUCUUUUGCCACAGGUUUUCUUUGAAGCCUGCAGGAGUCAGUGUGGGAGAGAACAUAGGUCUGGAGGGGAAAAGGAGGGGGGCCAAAUGCCUAUAGAACAGCCUGCAUGAAGCAGGGAACUUAGUAAGCUGAUUUUAAAACAAAAUAAAAACCCCACACCCUGACGCUGAGAAAACAUCAUUUGGCCUAGUUAAAACAGGAAAGACUUAGGGAAACCUGGUAAAACCAAGAGAGGUAAAAUUAAAGAGUAACUGGAGUUGCCAGAGAAGUGAUGGCAGCCUAUUGGCAGAGCUUUAACAGACAGACCUCCAUGUUACAAAGAGCACAGGUUCAGGAAAACCUCAAGUGUUAGGUCUGAGGAGCCCACACAGCAUUUAUAUGCAAAGACAGAGUAAAUCCAUCUGUAUUCCUUUCUGGUUUUUUUUUUUGACUACUUAUGCUUGCAUAUUAGACACACGUAAGUGGGUGAACCCUCCUAAAUCUGGCCCAGGGCAAGAAGGAUGAAGGUGUAUUGGAAUGGCAGGCGGUAAGAGUAUUCAUUUAUUCAGACAUCAUUUGCUGAGUGUCAACCAUGCAUCAGUUAUGUGCAUAAAGUGGGCAUUUUCUUCCCUACACCUAAGAAGAAUGGGCAAUAUGAGGAAAAAGGGAGAAAUAAAAUACUUCACUGAUGCUAAAAAGAAAGGCUUCUAACUCUUCAGACAGGGAUUGGGCUGGACUAUUUUUUUUUUUUUUUUUCUGGGACAGAAAAUGAUACUGGUGAGGAGUGAGCUUCUUGGAUCAAGUAAACACGUGAGACUAUGUGGGCAGCUCCUGUCUGGAGAGGAGAUGAGAGGGCAGAGGGGGUCAGAAGCUGGCCAAAUGGACAUGAAAAUAGGGAGUGGAGGAAGGAGUGUGCUGCCUCAUGGGGUGGCGGGGGGAGCAACUAGGAGUAUAUAGCAAGGUGUAUAUAAAUUUUUGUAUGAGAGACUGACUUGAUUUGUAAAGUUUCACUUAAAGCACAAUAAAAAAUUAAAAAAAAAAAAAAGGCUUCUUUCAGAAGGUGAACUGGAAUGUAGUGGAAAGAGACAGGUGGGGCUAAUGAACUUUUUCCCCAAGUUCUCUAGUUAGUAGCUGAGAGUCUUUGGGUGAUGUAAACAAUGUGGUUGGCAGCUGACUGACAGGUUAGAGGUUCAAGUCCACCCAGAGUGCCUCGGAAGAAAGGCCUGGUGAUCUACUGCUGAAAAAUCAGCCAUUGAAGACUCUGUGGAGCACAGUUCUAGUCUGACCCACAUGGGGUUGCCAUGUGUCGGAAUUGACUUGACGGCAACUGGUACUUACUAGCGGGAUUGUUUGGAUGAAUCACUUAGCAAUUCUGAGCCUUAGUCUCUUCUUCUAUAAAAUGGAGAUAAUAAUUUCCACUUUUCUCCCACAGAGGGUUGUUGCCUGUUGAACCUUCUGGUAAAACUUAGGGAAACCUUCUGGUAAAACAGGAAAGACUUAGGGAAAACUGUCUGGUAAAACUGAAAGAGGUAAAUUUAAAGAGUAACUGGAGUUGCCGGAGAGGUAAGAUGAAAUCAUUCAUAGAAAGAAUGCAGAGUAAACUGUUAAGUACUAUAUGAACCCGCUGCCGUCAAGUCAAUUCCAACUCAUAGGGACCCUAUAGGGCAGAGUAGAACUGCCCCAUAGAGUUUCCAAGGAGCGCCUGGCAGAUUCGAACUGCUAACCUUUUGGUUAGAAGCCGUAGCACUUAACCACUACCACUGGGGUUCCCAAGUACUCCAUACACAUGUAAAAUGAUUGUUACUAAAAUAAUAAUAAUAAUAACAUACACAGAGGAGGCGGGAGUCCACCCAGACAGACAGGUUGGCCAGCCUUACCUGUUUUCAGAGAUUGCCUGCUAGACUGAGCCUUAGGAGUCCAGCAGACUUGUACACAGAACGUUCCCUGGUUCUGCUUGACUUUAGGGCUGUUGGUGUGAGCGCAGUCCCAGUGGGGCCCAGGGCUCUCACAGCUUUAGGGCCUACUUGAAACAGUGCUGACAAGUCCCAGGUAUAGUUUCUCUUUUUAAAUCCCUGAGGAAUUUUGUUCUGUCCUAGGGAAAGCCUGGUGGGUGCUUUGGUGACUUGGUGAUCAACGGGACUUUGCGCCUGCCCUGUCUGAACCUCCGCCUUCUGAUGUUGACCGAGCCGACUUGGCCUGUGGGGUUAAUGCAGGCCUGUGGUCACAGUAACAGCACCUGCCCUGGGCAGAGCUCCUUGUUAGGCCCAAGAGGCUGCCAGAUAAGGGGGAAGGACAGACACUGUGAUGCAAAUGUGGUAGAUUCCUCAGCUUCAGCUAAGGUCAUUCUCAGAGUACGCUGCUUUGUUAGCAAGCCCAUGUGCAACAGAACGAAACACUGCCCUGUCCUGCGCCAUGCUCGUGGUCGUUGUUAGGUUUGAGCCCAUUGUUGCAGCCACUGUGUCAAUCCAUCUCAUUGAGGGUCUCCCUCUUUGUUGCUGAACUUCUACUUUAUCAAGCAUGAUGUCCUUCUCCAAGGACUGAUCUUUCCUGAUAACAUGUCUAAAGUAUGCAAGAUGGAGCCUUGCUGUCCUUGUUUCUAAGGGGUAUGCUGGCUGUACUUCUUCCCAAGACAGAUUUGUUCGUACAUGCUGCUUUGCCAUACGUGUUAUGUUGUGUUUAUGUGUGUCUUGUUUUAAGUUAGGCCAGGCCUGAAAAUGAAAGGGAAGAAUUUCAGUUUGAGAACAUAUGGAGAUGACCAAACUGGUCCCACUUGGGCCCCCAGGCGGGACAAACUUGCCCUGCUAGUGGUGAACAGUGGUGUACAUUGCAACAUUCUUUCCUUGAACUCUUUUGAGUGUGGUGGAGGCACAAGGCGAGAACACAGCAGGAAUUCUUUCUUUUCAGCUGCUUCCUAUUCUAUUGCUUACAUUCACUCAACAGAUCUUAUUGGGCUGCUACUGUGCGUGAGAGAGAGAGAGAGAGACAGAGCUUGCGUUUUAUGGAGGAGGUUGAUUAGCUUUGGCUCUGUUUUUGUUGUCAUUGGUGGUGCCAUGGAUCCUAUUUUAUUUUUACUGCCCCUUGACAUUUCUUAAAAGGAGUCUUAAAAGCACAAGGCCCUAUUCUGAAGAAUAGGCUUCUGGGCAGUAAAGUUGACAGGGUUUAACAUCAGGAAAGUAAACCUAAUAGAAAAAGAAAGCAGUAUAAACCAACUCCAGCUCCAUUCCACAAAGGCCUUUCAUGGGAACCCAAACCCAAAGCGAACCCACUGCUGUCGAGUCGAUUCCGACUCAUAGUGGCCCUAUAGGAUAGAAUAGAACUGCCCCUUAGGGUGUCCAAGGCUCCAAAUCUUAGUGGAAGCAGACUGCAACCUUGUUCUCCUGUGGAGCGGCUGGUGGGUUUGAAUCGCCAACCUUUUGGCUAGCAGCUUAACCACUGCGCCACCAGGGCUCUCUUGAUGGGAAAAGGCCCUGUUUAUGAAGAUGCAGGGGCAAGCGUACACUUUUCACAUCCUCCAGUGUUGGAGAGCAUGAGGUCUGUUUCUUACCCUUCUUACUGGAUGAUUCCAGCAUUUGUAGCAGCAGCUGUUUGUUGAAGACACUGGGUAAAUCACGCUAGCGGGACUUGGUGGUGCAGUAAUUAAGAGCUCGGCUGCUAACCAAAAGGUUGGCAGUUCGAAUCCACCACCUUCUCCUUGGAAACCCUACGGGGCAGUUCUACUCUGUCCUAUAGGGUUGCUAUUGGUUGGAAUCAACUCGAGGACAACGAGUUUUUUAGUUGGACAGGGAGUCCCCGGGUUACAAAUGAGAUCCAUUCCAAUGUCUGCUUUUCAGUCAAAUUUGUAGUUAAGUUGGAACAGGUACAGUUCUUGUAUAGCAUCGGUUAGUGAAAUGUUUGCCUUAGUAUGUACUAUAUAUUUUACCUUUCUGUGCAUAUAAAGGAAACCCUGGUGGCGUAGUGGUUAAGUCCUACAGCUGCUAACCAAGAGGUCAGCAGUUCAAAUCCGCCAGGUGCUCCUUGGAAACUCUAUGGGGCAGUUCUACUCUGUCCUGUAUAGGAUUGCUAUCGGUUGGAAUUGACUGGGCAACAACGGAUUUUUUUUAUACCAAGCAAUACCAACUGUUUGUGCCACUCAGGGGCACCUUGUGUUUGCUACUAGGAUUUUUCAAAUAAAGCCACUGCUGACUUGUUUCCACCCCUUCACUCUUUUCUUCAUUUCUCCUUCAGUUUAUCCAGGGCCAGCCAAUGCCCUUCUCUUUUUAGCCAACCAAUGCUCGCAUAUUUAGUGAAAUUUGCAGUUGUAUGUUGACCUUCAAACCAACUUACGUAAUAUAACUAACACAGUAGCUAAAAAGCUUUGUUCUUUUAGUAAACAUACAGUGUUGGUAAACAAGGAGCCUGCUUCUUGUGGUCCUUGGAGAUGUCAUUUGUCUACCCGAUGAUAAAAGACAGGGAGUCAAUGAGGAUUUUGCUGGUGGUGGGAUUUCUAGAGUGGGUUGUAGAUGUGCGUUUACAUGUGUGCUCAUGUAUAAAUGUGUAUAUGUAUUUUGUUUUUCUUGUUGUCUAUAAUCUUAUGACAAAGACAUAUUAUUUUCAGCUUUAUACCCACUUCAUAAACAGAAUUCCAGGGAAAAAAUCAUCAGAGGAAACUUAAAUUAAUUUUAGAAGAUACAAAGUGAUAUUGCUAUAACCACAGAUAUUAAAACAAAAAAUAAAGAAGAGGUGAGAAAGUGUAAUGUGAUCCUUUUAUUGUAACAUAUUUCUUUAUAUUAGGCGUGGUGAUAAAAGAACCCACCCUGCAGCUCAUGUAUUUUGUGUUUAAUGAGAUACAAGUAAUGGAAACUAUUAAUUACUUUUUACUCUAUAGACGACUGCUCAGUUCAAAAUCCUUUUUACAUACACACAACAAGACCAUCUAGAUUCUGCCUCAUAUGGAGUAAUGACAGCGUAAAGGCGGGUGUCAGUCUUCGUGGAGUCAGUGUUUAACGCUGAUGCAGCUUCUCUGACCCGCUUCUGUUGGACUGGGGAAACGCACAUCACGGAAGAAACUGAAACACUGAAAUUCUUCACGUAUUGUCUGAACUCCACAUCAGGGGCUUGCUAACUGCAAUUUUAGAUUUUAAGUUUUUUAGCCAUUCCUGGCAAAGUACUUGUGGUGAAAAGGCCAGUUUCUUCUCCUUUUUCUUCUUCCUGUCUAUUUCAGGCUGACAUUUAGGAAAUACAAUAAAAACGAAUUACUAGAGUAGUGAGCACGUGUUUGGAUGUACCGUCAAUCACAAAUUGCUAUAAAGGUUUCUGACCAUGCGCUCUCAGUUUCUGUGCUUAUCCUGUGGGUGUGGGACAUUAGCAAUUAGGCGCUGAGCACCAGAUCCAUGAACCAUAAUUUGAGUAACACUCUCCUCAGGCCCAUUCUGACCAGCCACUAGAGCUUCUGUCUGUGAUGGUUGAGGGGUGGAAAAGAGCUAAAGAAGAGAUAUUUCAACCGUUUGUCAUUUGCGCAAGUAUUUCUGUGCUGGUUCCUUCUAGCUCCUUCAUUAGUCUUUGCCUUUCAUUCUUUAUAUAGCAUACCUUUGGGUUAAUUACAUAUGUCUUAACUUCCUCUUUCCUGCAAAUUAAACUUCACUUCAAAAAUGGAAGUGAUUACAUGCACUUCUUUUUCCCCAAAUUAACUAUCACACACUGUGGAAUUCUUUGCUGAUGGGAGUACUGUAUUUUCUUUCUUAAAUACAUUGGAAAUAAAUCCAGACACCUGUUUUGCAUUUUGUAAACAUGCAUUUUGGAGUGAAUUGCAUCUCCCAUCAUUCCAUAAGUUUUACAGGUCAGUCUAAUACAUUUACAUAACAAUUAAGAAAAUGAAUAGACUGUAGCUUCCUGUCCUUGGCUUUGAAUGCCUGUAAUCAGGGCAGUAGAUAAGAAGGUCACGGAUUAGUAUUGCAGAAUUUGCUCCUUGGUCUGGGAUCACCUGGGAAAUACCAACUCCUUUCUCACGUAUGGAUAAACCUUGACUAAAUAUUUUUCAGGAUAUGGAGAACACUUUUUUUAAGGGGAAUUGUCUACUUUUUAGUUUUCCAUUGGGAAAAAAAAAGAGUAAUAUUAUAAGUAGAACUACUGUUUGCUUCUUAAAUUUCCAAUUUUCAGAAGGAUAUUUAUUCAUGAGUCUAAUUUUCCCCAGUUUCCUUCUUUUUUAAAGAACAGUUGAUGGUGGCUGAAGAGUUUGCCUUUCUUUUUGCAGAAUGAGGUAGCGGCAUUUUUCCUAGAGGACCCCAGAAAAAAAAAAGAGCACUGAGCUCUUGAUUCCUGGUUUCGCUUACCUUCUUAGUGACCCUAACAUGGGACCCAGAAGACAGAAUUCCCCAAAUCUGAGUAAGAGUCCCCUGAGUUUUUUCAUAUGCUAUUGUGGACAUAGUUUAGUAACUUAGAGUCCACGCAAACCUCCCUCUCUCUCCCUCGCCUGCCUGUUUUCCCUUUGUGACCAUGGUCUCUAGGACCUAAGGCUGAUAGAAAUCACCUGUCUCCUUUCCCUUCCAUUUCUCAGAACGGGCGCUGGUGAGCUUGUGCUGACUUGGAGAGGUUCGCUUCCCUUUGAGCCUAGCACGAAGGAGUUUGUUUCAUCCUGGCCAGUGGGAGCAGGAAACAAAGCUUAGUUUAUUUGACUUGAUAACUUCUUUUCAUUUGUAUACCUUUCUUGCCUGUUCUCACUCUAAUCUCUUUUUGCUUCAAAUCUUUAGUUUUUCAUCUUUUCAGUUUUCUUCUGAGAGCACAUACUGCUCAUCAGGUCCAGGAAGCUUUUAGGACCGGGGCAUCAAGGGUCUUCUGCUCUGGCUUCCUUCUCCAACCCCUCCCUCCUCUAUCCUCUGGGCAGGUGAGGCCUCCAAAAGCGACAUUUUGUGCGGAGGCUAUUCUGAGUGGCCACCUCUGAUCAUCAUGGGAUAACUGAUGUCACGUUAGCAACCCUGAACUCUUGUAGCUUUCCUCAAAGCACUGUGUGGGAAGCAUAAAAGUGUAAUAAAAAUGGUAAUGAUUAAAAGAGUCCUAUAUAGGGUCGCUAUGAGUCGGAAUUGACUUGACGGCAAUGGGUUUGGCUUUUUUGUUUUAUUUUUCUCUAGGGUCCCUCUCACAUCCCUAAACUAAUGUAGGGUUUAUAAGGUUCAUGUUUCAUAGUGUGAUAAAGUUGGAAAUGAUUGGUGUGAGAGUGAGUAAAUUACUCUAAAAACCAAAAACAUCUGAUUACUUGGUGUUGGAGUUGACUGCUGUGGUACCUUCUUGUCCUUGGCCUAUAAGCUUUGUCUCUGUAGUUCCAUAUCAUCUUGGGAAGAGAGAGGGAGACAUCUAACUUCAGGGAAAGACUGUUGAUUGCAACUAAUUUAUUUCCAGCAGUAUUUGAGGACAGAAGGACCCGACUUUUUUUUUUUUUUUUUAACUCUGCUUUGCUCAGAAGGGAUAAUGGGUUUAAAAAAAAAAAAAAUCCAAACUUGUUGCCGUCAAGUUGAUUCCGACUCAUAGUGACCCUAUAGGACAGACUAGAACUGCCCUGUAGAGUUUCCAAGGAGCACCUGGUGGAUUUGAACUGCUGACCUUUUGGUUAGCAGCCUUAGCACUUAACCACUACACCACCAGGGUUUCCACAUUGUCCAUUAUUAACCAGGGACUUACGGUAUUAUAUGUCCUUCCACUUUUUCAUAUUUCUUGGCUCCUCACUCCAGAGAUAGCCUCCUAUUUGACUUUGGUGACCCUCGUUCCUACUUAACACUUAGAAUGUUUCACUGAUUUCCAUCUCAGAACUCUCCAGUCAAAACAACUAGAGUGAGUUGUUGGCAAAAAAGCAACAUAUGGAUUAUUUCGUCUUUUUAAAAUAGCAAAACACAUAUCAGGAAGGAAGAUGGUUUUAUUCUAGCUUCAGAAGCUGUGAAUGUUGAUGGAUGCUCACUCACACCUCCUCCCAAAUGGCAGGCCUGGGAUCCCUGUACCUUUGGUUCUUUGGUUCCUGGCACAGCACCUCACAUCCAAUGGGUGCUCAAUGCUGGAUGGGAAGCAAGACGGAAAGGGCCAAGGAACUCACCUGUCAGUACCAGAAUCCCUUUGCUGGAGGUUCAUAAGAGAUUGCCAUGUUGAAAAGGUGGAUAUAAAUUGGCAUAGAAAACCAGACAACUGGCGAUUGUUCAUUUCUGGUCUUCCCAUCAGGUUCACUAUCUCUUUGUGUCAUCCCUUCAGCCCUCCCCCUUUCCCACCCAAAUACAUGUGGGUGCACAGGCAUGCACGCACAUGCACGCACACACACACACAGUCUACUGUACAGGUGCAGUCAUGACUUAGAUUGAGAGAAUUUUUACACUGGAAACACUGAAAUUGAGGUGAACACAUCAGACCCCCUAUUUCUUUUUACAUCUUUUGCGUGAACCCAGAAAAGCUACCAGAGGAGUGACAAUCUCAGCCAGGGUAUUUUCUUCCAUCUCCCUUUAUAUUUUUCCAUUUAUGAGGUACUUUUUUAUGUCUAGAGAAGGAAGGAUUAUGGCAGCUACCGUGACCUAUAAAUGGUUUCCUUCACUACAAAUACUGCAGAGGGAACGGAUGAAAUGGAAGCCGGAAGUGUCUGGGUGACAAACCAGUGCUGAGAAGUCUGAUUUCCACUGCUGAAGAGUCAGACACUCUGUAGUAAAGCCUUGUCACGAGAAAAGGUCUUCACGUUUUGCCUGCCUUCCAGAGGGUGGAAGCAUUUCGAAGUUGCCAUAAUCAAGAAUUCUUUUUAGAAUAUAAACAAGGGGGAUGAGAAGUUCUGAAAGUUGGACUGGUCAGACUGUGAAAUUGCUACAAGAGACCGUAAAAAGGAAGUUGGAAGGAGCCCGAUCACCACUUAAUGGAGACCAGCAGAAUGGUGCUUGUGAUGGGAGUUUUUCUCCAACUAGUAAGCGAAUCCGAAAGGACAUUCCUGCUGGGAUGGAAGCCAUCAACAGUUUGCCCAACAACAUGCCACUGCCUUCAGCUUCUCCUCUCCACCAACUUGACCUGAAGCCUUCUUUGCCCUUGCAGAAUAGUGGAACUCAUCCUCCUGGGCUUCUAGAAGAUCUGGGUAAGAAUGGCAGGCUCCCAGAGAUUAAACUUCCUGUAAAUGGUUGCAGUGACUUGGAAGAUAGCUUCACCAUCUUGCAGAGCAAGGACCUCAAACAAGAGUCUCUAGAAGACCCUACUGGCAUAGACACAUCAGAAACAUCACUUUCAAAUCAGAACAAGCUGUUCUCAGACAUUAACCUGAAUGAUCAGGAGUGGCAAGAAUUAAUAGAUGAAUUGGCCAACACAGUUCCUGAAGAUGACAUACAGGACCUGUUCAACGAAGACUUUGAAGAGAAGAAGGAGCCGGAAUUCUCCCGGCCAGCAACUGAGACCCCCCUCUCCCAGGAGAGUGUGAGUGUGAAGAGUGACCCGUCUCACUCUCCUUUUGCACAUGUCUCCAUGGGAUCUCCCCAAACCAGGCCUUCUUCUUCUGGUCCUCCCUUUUCUACUGUUGCCACAGCCAGUAGUUUACCUUCUGUUGCCAGCACUCCCGCAGCUCCAAACCCCACCAGCUCACCAGCAAAUUGUGCUGUCCAGUCCCCUCAAACUCCAAACCAAGCCCACACUCCAGGCCAAGCUCCACCACGGCCUGGAAAUGGUUAUCUCCUUAACCCAGCGGCAGUGACGGUGGCGGGCGCAGGGUCAGGCCCUGUGGCUGUGCCCAGCUCUGACAUGUCGCCAGCCGAGCAGCUCAAGCAGAUGGCUGCACAGCAACAGCAAAGGGCCAAACUCCUGCAACAGAAGCAGCCGCAGCAACAGCAGCCGCAGCAACACUCAAAUCAGACUUCAAGCUGGUCUCCCUUAGGGCCUCCAUCCAGUCCCUAUGGAGCAGCCUUUACUGCAGAAAAGCCAAAUAGCCCAAUGAUGUACCCCCAAGCCUUUAACAACCAAAACCCCAUUGUGCCUCCAAUGGCAAACAACCUGCAGAAGACAACAAUGAAUAACUACCUCCCUCAGAAUCACAUGAAUAUGAUCAAUCAGCAGCCAAAUAGCUUGGGUACAAACUCUUUAAACAAACAGCACAAUAUCCUUACUUAUGGCAACACUAAACCUCUGACACAUUUUAAUGCAGACUUGAGUCAGAGAAUGACACCUCCAAUGGCCAACCCCAACAAAAACCCCUUGAUGCCGUAUCUCCAGCAGCAGCAGCAGCCGCUGCCUCCACCACACCUGCAGGCUCCCAGGGCACACCUGAGUGAGGACCAGAAACGCAUGCUUCUCAUGAAGCAGAAAGGAGUGAUGAAUCAGCCCAUGCCUUACGCUGCGCUGCCAUCCCACGGUCAGGAGCAGCACCCGGUCGGGCUUGCCAGGACCACAGGCCCCCUGCAGUCCUCGGUGCCCCCAGGCUCAGGUGGCAUGGUCUCCGGAGCCAGCCCUGCGGGUCCUGGCUUCCUGGGGAGCCAGCCGCAGGCAGCCAUCAUGAAGCAGAUGCUCAUGGAUCAGCGGGCCCAGCUGAUGGAGCAGCAGAAGCAACAGUUCCUGCGAGAGCAGAGGCAGCAACAGCAGCAGCAGCAGAUUCUGGCCGAGCAGCAGCUGCAGCAGUCCCACUUGCCCCGGCAGCACCUCCAACAACAGCGGAACCCGUACCCAGUGCAGCAGGUCAAUCAAUUUCAAGGUUCUCCCCAGGACAUAGCAGCCGUGAGAAGCCAGGCAGCCCUCCAGAGCAUGCGAACAUCACGGUUGAUGGCACAGAAUGCAGGCAUGAUGGGAAUGGGACCCUCCCAGAACCCAGGAACGAUGGCCACAGCGGCAGCCCAGUCAGAGAUGGGGCUGGCCCCUUACAGCAGCACGCCUACCAGCCAACCAGGCAUGUACCCUAUGAGCACAGGAAUGACCCAAAUGUUGCAGCACCCAAACCAAAGUGGCAUGGGCAUCGCACAUAGCCAAGCCCAGGGGCCGAGGCAGCCUGCCUCUGGGCAAGGGGUCGGAGUGGUGAGUGGUUUUAGUCAGAGCAUGCUGGUGAACUCGAGCAUUACCCAGCAGCACCAGCAGAUGAAAGGGCCUGUGGGCCAGGCCUUGACAAGGCCCCAAGCCCCUCCAAGGCUUCAGAGCAUUAUGGGAACGGUCCAGCAAGGAGCACAAACCUGGCAGCAGAGGAGCUUACAGACGAUGCCCGGGAGGACUAGUGGAGAAUUGGGACCAUUCAACAAUGGCGCCAGCUACCCACUACAAGCUGGGCAGCCAAGACUGACCAAGCAACACUUCCCACAAGGACUGAGCCAGUCGGUUGUGGACACCAACAGCAGCACAGUGAGAACUCUCAACCCAGCUGCCAUGGGUCGGCAGAUGAUGCCGUCACUCCCAGGGCAGCAAGGCAACGGCCAGGCCAGGCCAAUGGUCAUGUCUGGCCUAAGCCAGGGCGUCCCUGGCAUGCCAGGGUUCAGCCAGCCCCCAGCCCAGCAGCAGAUGCCCGGUGGCAGCUUUGCUCCAAGCAGCCAGAGCCAAGCCUAUGACCGGAACCCCCCUCAGGACAUGUCAUACGGUUACAGUGGUGAAGGAGCAGGGGCCUCCUUCCCUGGCCUACCGGACAGUGCAGACCUUGUGGACGCCAUCAUCAAGGGUGGGCCAGGGGAUGAGUGGAUGCAGGAGCUUGAUGAAUUGUUUGGAAACCCCUAGUCAGGGGGGAGGCGGAGUCAUGAGCCACGACUCCAGUGGUUAUAAAGUUUUGAAAAGUGAAAAAGAAACAGGAUGUUGACCCAUCCUUGUUUUUUGUUUUUUUAACCCACGUAAACUGAGCAAAACUGCAAGUGGCUGAUGGGAAGAUCCAGGUGGCAAUUUACAGCCCCAGUGGGCUGGAUUUUCACACCGCAGUCAAGACAUCGUGCAGAUUUCUGCUGUGAGACGGGGAGGCACACUGAGGGGCAGGUGGGGAGACUGAGGCUUGGCCCUCCCUGGGAUCACCUGGCCUCGCAAAAGCUGCUCAAGCCAAGAAGGUCUGUUGCCCAAGAUGAGGCAUCCAUCAGCCCCUCCUGCACCAGGUCCAGAGGCUGCAGCUUUGGAGACACAAAAAAGACAGAGCCUCGCCCCAGGGAGAUACCCACAAAAGCUGCUCGGUGAUUGCACAGGCCAAGUGCACAGAUCAGAAAAACGCUGGACUUGGUGAAAAGAGAGGCUUCAAGACAGGCUACUGUAUCUGGAGAGGAGGCAAGAACAGUUCUAUCGUCACAGGGAGAUGACAGCGGAUUCUGUCCGCCUCUGGCUUCUGCCCCAGGAUGACCCUCAGGAAUGUUAGAGGCAUCUCUGCCAGCUGCCUCAUGAGGAUAGCCGACCGAGCUUGGGGGAGUGUCUGUCCACAGUCCUGAUGAGGGAGCCCUCUGAUGGUAACAAGUUGUGGCUGUCACUCCGGGUAGAUGGGCGGGAGCCUCCUGCGUCUGGUACAAUAACACGCACACAUCUAGGCUGUUUGCACCUUCUAGCAGCCGCAGGGUGGAGAGAGCACUGUAGGACUCCGUGUCUGGGCCACCCAGCACUGCUCACCCCAGCCCUACCCUUGCUCCUCCUUACAGACUAUCCAAGAAGAAAUGGAGUUUUUUGUCUUUAGGGAGCCUGGACUGAGUCCAAAUAAAUGAAAGAAGAACUUAGACAAUACCUGAACCGCAAAGGAGACACUGGAGUUUUCUUUCUCUAAAACAUGUAGACUUGAAUGAAUAUCCUCUGCCUGAAACUUAGAGGGCUGCUCAGAGGUCUGGGGGUAGAUUUAGGUGAGCCACACCUAAUACUUCACACACACCUAGAGAGGAAUGGCCGGUCUGACUCCCUUUGGGAAAAUCCCAGGGUGAGCCUCUGAAAUCGGCCUUUUGCUUACCAUAAUCUCUACUCACCAAAAAGACACAUACAGAACCCUGAGAGAUUGAGUGAAAAAAAAAAAAUCCAUUGCUACACUUUACAGAUUUGGAUUAUAAAAGGGAAGGAUACUGUUCCUGUCACUUGGGCAAAGUAAGCCACUUCAAAGUUCUGUACAGCUGUUCUCUGUAAUUCAUUCAGAUCGGCCCUAGGUGAAAUCUGUCAGGAGGAAUCCACAAUGCCCCCCACCCUAGGCUUGUUUCUUCAGUUCUUGCCCUGCCCGCUGCCCCAUUUUGGAGGCCAUGUGGCGUAAUUAUUUUCGCAAGCAAGAGUGGCAUGUACUUGACCCUGUCACCCUCCCUCAAUGUCCCAAAUGCUGGUUCCCUUCUGUACACUUCCAUUCCACCCACCAUACCACAGUCAGAGCCUCUGGCCUGGAUUGGCUUGUCCUGGGGGAAACUGCAAAGAAGUCAAGGCUAAAGGCUGGGGCAGAGGGGAUGCAGAGAGGAGGCAGGCAGGCCGACCUUGCCCUUGACUUGCUGUCCGUAUACCAGGGUUCAUACAUGUGCUCAGCAAGGGGCAGGAUGUGAGGCCAGAGGUGGCCGGGCUGGCGAGAGCCCGAGCAGGAUGACCGUGAACUCCCUGAGUGAUGAGGAACACCACCAGGGAAACUGAGUGGAAACAGAUGAAAACCAAAAAUAAAUAAAUAAAUGAAAAAUUUAAACAUAUAUAAAUGAGAGGACCCAGAAUACAUAAUUACCUUUUUCUGAAAGGUAUGGGAAAUAAAUAUAUAAGCAAUGAUGAGACGCUGGAGGGGGCUGAAGCAGAAACGGAGGCUCCCGUGACCUUUGAAAAGCUUCCUCCAAAAGCUCAGGCCUGGGACCAACAAAUAGAGAGGUCAAUUUUCAUAAGGUCGUUUUGUUUUUUGUUUUUACUACGGUGCUGAUGUAUAUGUAAUGUCUUAAAAAAAAAAAAAAAAGGUUAUUUGUAAAUAAGUUUUUACAAUACUGCAGAUA